AUGGCUACCAUCUACUCCCACCUUUCCGAGGCAGAGCAGAAUCUCAUCGAAGUCGCAGCCAAGACGAUAGAGGCCAUCCCAGUAUCCGAAGAUUACAGCGUUGGCAGCGCCGCGCUCGCUGAAGAUGGCCGCAUCUUCACUGGCAUCAACGUCUAUCACUUCACCGGUGGACCCUGUGCCGAGCUCGUCGUCCUGGGAGUUGCUGCCAUGGCUGGGCCACCCAAACUCACCCACAUAGUCGCUGUGGGAAACCAAGGGCGAAUGAUUCUCAGUCCGUGUGGCCGUUGCAGACAGGUCUUGGGCGAUUUGCAUCCAGAUAUCAAGGCGAUAGUGCGGGACGCUGACGGGUCAGUGAAGGUCGAGAAGGUGCAGGACCUGCUGCCGGCGAGAUAUGUCAUACCCGACGCCACCGUUGAGAGUAUGUAG